AUGUAUAUCUGUGAAGAACCACCCGCAUAUUCGGAGUUCGACCCAAACCAGCAACUGGCCGGAAUAGAAGAGCCAACCGAUUCAACAAACCUAACAGGACAGAGCGAUGCGACAUUUACAAAGCUUUCAGCUGAAAUUAGGCGUCUAGACGAGAGGCUCCUCAACAAAUACCUACCAUUGUACCGUGGCUACCAGGAGAUAGGACACAGGGUCAUUCACGGCGAGAUAGCAGAUUGGUCCAAGGUGGAUCGUGAGGGAGUGUGCGCCAAGUUCAACAUUAGCGAUAACCAAUUCCAGCUUGCCAUCUACCCAGUCGACGAGGAAGUGGAUGGGUUUGUGUCUCUCUACUUGGAGUGUAUGUACAGCGAACAUACAAAGGAUCACCCUCACAUAUGUGUAUACUUUUGCCUUGCCUUAUCCAAUCCUGCUGACCCGUCCGUGUGUUGGAGGCAGGCAUUCGAGCACAGGUUUACAUAUGGCUCAAAUCUCCAUGGGUCGGGAAGGUUCAUUGAGCGCAGAGCCCUCAAGUCGAUACUGGAUGGGCACAGCAGGCCGAUUCUGGAGCAUGGCCGGGUCCGGGUCAGCGCAUUUGUGAGAGUCAUCUAUGAUGAAACAGGGAUAAUGUGGGGCGAGGGACUACGGAAGCGCUCACUGUACCCAAUUACCAGAUGCGCUGGGAUACGUCUACACCCAGAUUACCCGUACCUGGGCAUACUCCUCCAAACACUAUAUCACAUGAAGGCGGUUCGCCAUUCCAUUUAUCUGGCUCCCACUCAUGGGUUGGCACCAACACGAUCGGUUAUAUGUGCUAUUAAGCGGGUGUUUCUGAACCUCGAAACCAGCACCACAUUUGUGCAUAUAGGGGAGCUAGUCAGAGCUCUCAGACACGAAGCUGGUGAAAUGUGCACUGCUUUGAAUCGUCAGCAGUUUGACAGCCUAGUCCACAAAUACGUUGCGGAUGCCUUACAAACCACAGUAGCAACUGGAAUAACACGCAAGCUUUUCCGUGGCCGAGUCAGGACAUCAGUUUGUACUCCUGAUGCUCAACUUCGAGCCGUCGAUGUCGAGGACUUCUACACCCUGCAGCUCACCGUGCGUGGUUGCCUGAAUUUGCGCGAGUCCUUUGAGGACUUUUGUCGGCCUAGAGUUCUGGACAGCAGCUGCUUGCACAGUGGCCAACAAAGGGGCAGAUUGAGUGCAUACAAAACGACCAGCUUUGACAGCCUCCCACCUGUACUCCGCAUAUACUUAGAUUCUCCAUCGGGCAGUCAAGCCAAGGGCCACUCUGGCAACGCUGACCCAUAUGAGUACCCGCCAGCUAUAGACUUAGGCGAGUACAUUACUGACCCGGAUUCCAGCUCAGCCACAUGGAGGUAUGCCGCGUAUGGUGUGUAUCUCCGGAGCCAGACCUCGGCUACCUACGGCUACACUUUUUACCUGUGCCCUGGCAAGCCAAACAAGUGGGUAGAGUUUGCAGGCGACACGGUAGCGCCCGAACGCCAGUACAACGUGUUUGCAUCUUGCCCAGUGGCAGAUCCAGUGUCGAUUGUGAGGAAGAGCUCAAAGGCUCCGUAUGCGAAGCAAGGAAACGUGUGUGGACUAAUUUACAUUCGCGAGGAUCUGCGCGAGCUGAUACUGCGUAGCGGCGACAUUCACAGGCUCCACUCGAUCCUUUCACAUUAA